AUGGCAGAAGAAAUAGAUGGUGUUUCGUACGAAGUUAAAGGCAAAGUUGCCAUCAUCACUUUCAACAUUCCUGACAAAUUGAAUGCCUUAGGUAGAGAACAAUACUUGCAAUUGGGUAAGUUUGUCGAAAGAGCCGACAAAGAAGAAGAGACUGUUGCCACCAUUAUUCAAUCCACUGGUAGAUUCUUCAGUGCCGGUGCUGAUUUCUCUGACAAGAAAACUAUUCAACAAGAUCCUGCUGUGCUCUUCAGUCAUGAACAUUGGUUGGCUUCUUUUGUUGCUAGAAACACCUGGUUGACUAAUGUUUUCAAUGACCACUCCAAGAUCUUGGUUGCUGCUGCUAACGGUCCUGUUAUUGGAUUAUCAGCUGCUUUACUUUUGUUGUGUGAUUUGAUUUAUGUCAACGACUUGAAGAAAUUUUACAUCUUGACUCCAUUUGCUAACUUGGGAUUGGUCACCGAGGGUGCUACUGCAAUCACCGUAGCCAGAAGAUUGGGUUGGUCAAAAGCUUCAGAAGCCUUGUUGUUGGCCAAGAAGAUUUCUGGUGAAGAUUGCAACCAAAAUGGGUUAGUCAACAAGCACUUCACUGGGGAGAACAAGAGCACCGAAGAUUUCAACAAGACUGUUGAGCAAUUGAUUCAAGACUCAGUCGAAUCUUUACAUGAAGAUUCAAUCUUUGGAAUCAAGAAGUUGAUGAAGAUUGGAAGAGAUCCAGAAAUCAAUUAUGCCAACUCACAAGAAGUUGUUGCCGGUUUCAACAAGUGGAUCGAAGGUGUUCCACAAAUGAGAUUUGCUCAAUUGGCAAACAAGGAGAGAAAGCACAAGAUGUAA